AAGAGAAAAGACCUUAGUUUCCCACUCUCUUCCCUCCCCCCGUCAAUGGAGGGAAGUUUAUAAAAAUCUAUAUUUUCCUCUCUAUUUUGAAGCAAGAUUUUCUUCUUCUUUUUUUUAAAAAAAAGAGAGAAAAAUCUCUAUUUUGUCUCCGAUUUUGGUUUGCCAUUUUCGAGAAUGGAGGAAAAGGAAAGUACGAUAUCUGGGUCACUGGGCAACUCGGACACUGACUCACCACCUGCACCAGUGAGCAGCCUGCAAGUGUUGCCCCAGGUGAUGAACUUCAACAGGAUCUUGGAAAGAAACAUUGUUAGUUCAACAACAGCGACGGCAAUAACUACAACGACAGCAAGCCCUGGAUCAGGUGGAGGAGGAACAGUGAGUGAUUCUUUGGGGAAGAAAAAGAGAGGAAGACCCAGAAAAUAUGAUGCGGAUGGGAACCUUAGGUUACCUUAUCCGAUAGUGACGGCUCCACCUCCUGGUUUCACUUUAUCACCUUCUUCUCCUACCGAGUUCAACUCGUCCAAGAGAGGUAAAGUGAAGUCUCCUGCUGGGAACUGGCAGCUUCUUGCUUCUCUAGGAGAAUUAUUUGCUAAUACGGCUGGAGGGGACUUCACUGCACAUGUGGUCAAAGUUAAUACUGGAGAGGAUGUUGCAGGGAAAAUUCUUUCUCUAUCAGAGAAGGGUCCUCGUGGGAUUUGUAUUCUAUCAGCAAAUGGAGCUGUUUCUAAUGUAACCAUCCGACAACCUGGUUCAUCCGGUGGGAUUCUAACAUUCGAGGGCCGGUUUGAGAUAUUGUCUUUAACCGGAUCAUUUACCUUCAGUGACAAUGGUGGUACAAAGAAUAGAACCGGUGGUUUAAGUGUUUCAUUGGCUGGACCAGAUGGUCGUGUAAUAGGUGGUGCACUUGCUGGUACAUUGUUGGCUGCUAGCCCUAUACAAAUUGUGGUGGGGAGCUUCGUUCCAAAUGCGUAUAAAGUGCAGAAAAGGAAGUCAUACCGUGAGCAGCACACGGUGACAGCUUCCACGGUCCCCGUCAUCUCUUCAGCCAUGGCGACGGUGGAAGAAGCAAGGUCAAUCUUCUCACAAACAAAACCCGAUGGGGAAAACAAUAUGAAACCAACAUCGCCGUUUCAAGGGGUAACCCUUGGGGAGGCGAGUAAUAACAUAACUGAUCAUAAAAACAUAGCCAAUAUUCCAGCAGCCUCCAUCGUUUCCGGUUGGAAUAACAGCUCGGAACCGGCCUCGAUCCAUCGGCCAUCACCUGAUAUUAACGUGUCAGUGCCUAGUGAAUAGGGUAAUUAACUCCCUUGAGAAAACUCUUCGUUCGAGGUUUAGCCAUUUUAGGAUCCCGGAAAGCACGGACAUGAUAAAUGGAACUCGGUUCAAACUAAUUUUUAUUUACAUCUUCGUUUGGAUUGUGACAAUUAGAUGCAAAAAUUUCUAGAAUUUUUAUCUGAUGUUUUGAUACAUGGAUUUUAACUUCACUGAAUUUAGAACAGAUUUA